UCGAAAAACCCAGAUGUUAUCUUUAUAUUCUAUACUUUGGAGGCAAGGAGGAUGCAAUCUAUAAAUGAAAAAUUCGUAAGCGGACGAAAUCAACCCUACCUAUUAGGGUUUCUAUAUAGAAAUUUUUACAGACUAGUUGGAAUAAUUACGGACUAUAUUAGUACAGAAUCGCCUAUCUCGCACAAGUACUUAAAUCAUGGAGCAUUGAUAGAAUUAAUAUGAACGAUUACUCCUGCAAUAAUUUCAAUAUUAAUAGCUUUCCCUUCCUUUAAUUCAUCAUACUUGAUGGAUGAAAUUUCGGACCCUUCCGUGUCAGUUUUAGCGGAAGGUGAUCAA